GAAAAACCCAUCGUGCGUUUCAAAACUUUCAAGGGUUUUGGCUAGACGUCGUCGUUCUGCGCUAGGUUAUUAAAAACAAAAAUUAAAAAUUUGGGUCAGAUGCUUCCUCGCGCUUGCAUAACAACUCUGCAACAAAGCAGCCACCUCGCACCGCUACAAGGCGCACCAUUUUCCGGUCAAUUAGCUCCGGCGAUUCAUGACCACCUCUCUCCGAACUCGCGUCUGUAUUAAAACUGCUAGUUGCAACUAGCGAUUCACAGUCGCAUCAAGCAAACAAAUAUGCUGAGAAGAAGACUCGCAUCCCUUCUCUCCACCGCCAUUCGCACUAAACCUACUCUCUCACCCUCACCAAUCUCAUUCCAAUCCCUCCAUUUACUCCAAUGCCCAAACCCUAACCCUAGCAUUGGCGAUGUCAAAGGGUUCGGCUUUCAGCCUCAGGGAUUGAGAGCGUACAGUCUGCUGAGCUUGAACGAUCUGAGAGGCAAGGUUCCCAGGAAGCAGAAGACGAGGAAAGGCCGCGGGAUUGGGUCUGGUAAAGGCAAGACUGCUGGUCGAGGACACAAGGGUCAGAAGGCUAGAGGCUCCGGGAAGUUGGGUUUUGAAGGUGGUCAGACGCCAUUACGACGUCGUUUGCCCAAGCGUGGUUUUAAGAACCCUUUUAGUCUCACUUUUCAGCCAGUAGGAUUAGGAAAAAUUGCCAAACUUAUAAAUGCAGGAAAGAUUGAUUCGUCUGAGUUGAUUACAAUGAAAACACUCAAGGAUACAGGGGCCAUAGGGAAGCAGAUUAAAGAUGGAGUCCGAUUGAUGGGACGUGGUGCUGAACAGAUCCAGUGGCCGAUUCAUCUGGAGGUAUCACGCGUCACUGUAAGGGCAAAGGAAGCCGUUGAAGCUGCAGGUGGGUCUGUCAGAAGAGUGUAUUACAACAAGUUGGGCUUUCGAGCUUUGCUCAAACCUGAGUGGUUUGAAAAGAAAGGCAGGUUAUUGCCAAAAGCAGCGAGACCUCCCCCAAAACAGAAGGACAAAGUCGAUAGCAUUGGCCGCUUGCCGGCCCCAACCAAACCUGUUCCUUUUUUCACUGAAGAGGAGGUGGCCUCCAGUUCAUCCACUUGACAAAAAGGGAGCAAAAUCAGUUCUUUUUAGGAUAUUUGUACUUUUACAUCCAGUUCCUUCACAUGCUUUUGCAUGAAUUGUUCAUUUUCAUAAGAAACAGUAAUUUCAUUAUAAGGGAAAAUGAUUUGGAAGGAUAAAUGGAAUGAGUGAAGCUUUUCAUGUUGCAUCUGGAUCAGCCUAUUUCAGACUUCUCUAGAAAAUGAACUUCAUCAGAUGCUUUGACACGGUUUAACUAUUUUACUUAAGCAA